CGAGAACAUAGAGAAUGAGUGGGACGCUGUUGCACUCAGUUUUGCAGUGUCUACAAAACCUCUUUCCAGCGUCAACGUUGUAACAAAAGAAGAAGAAAAGCAAACGUUUAUACCACCUGGCAAAACUACAAUCCGCCUUUGGAUUUGUGUCCUUAAACGAAAUGAGGCCCUGGCAAACGGUUAUUGAUACGUUUUGUGGUUCAUUGACAGCGAGUAGUAAGUAGUUAACAGACAAAUGUUGAAUGCUUACUUUUCUUUCGUCUUUUUCCUUUUUUUGGAUGGUACCCGCUUGUAAAUUAAACUCGGUGCUUUAAACGUCUCAAGCCAGGCAAUAAAGCAUGGGAAUAACUGAAAUCUGUUUAAUGUAAAGUCGCAGAUUUCUAUAGUGAAAAAAUAUCAAUUUAAUGGAAACAAGAAGUUUGUUUUCAAUUACGGGGUGAUUGAUCACAGUAAGUGUUCACUGACUGGAAGGAGGCAACAAAGGUGGUACCCCAAACUGGACCGACAGAGUCGUUUUGGAGGAAGGUGUUUAGAUCUUUUGUUGUAUAUCAGCAGACAGCGUGACGACCGAGCUGAAGUGUCAUUUAUGUACUGUACAAUUCCAUGGUUCCUGAUGUUUUCGCUCGGUUUACCCCUUGCUUAUAGCAUAAACUACCUGGACUGAACUGAAACCAAACAUCCGAACCUUCGUUAGCAACAACAGACUGGUUUGUAAAAUACAGCGUGAACUGAAGCCGAUAAACAAGUGAACAAGCCGGAAUGAGUUCACUGACUUGUCUUCUUUCAUAUGCAAUUCGCUUUCCCUAUUUACUGAACAGUUAAUCAGGCUGAUGCUUAAUUGAUACGUGCAGUCAUACAAAUUCUCAAGUGUCUCGAAGAUGGCAACAGCACUCGGAGGACGCAAUCCGGGAAAUCGCGGAGCGAACCCCAGAAAGGGCCGUAUCUUGGGAUUUAUAGACGCCAUCCAGGAUGCUGUGGGACCCCCGAAGCAAGCCGCCGCGGAUCGGCGCACAGUGGAGAAGACUUGGAAACUAAUGGACAAAGUGGUGAGACACUGCCAAAAUCCAAAAUUACAAUUGAAAAAUAGUCCUCCUUAUAUCCUGGAUAUUCUUCCAGACACUUACCAGCAUCUGCGGCUUAUAUUGUGCAAGUAUGAAGAAAAUCAAAGACUUUCACAGCUGAGUGAAAAUGAAUAUUUCAAAAUAUACAUCGACAGCUUGAUGAAGAAGUCAAAAAGAGCGAUUCGACUUUUUAAAGAGGGCAAGGAACGGAUGUAUGAGGAGCAGUCACAAGAUCGAAGGAAUCUUACCAAGCUGUCUUUGAUCUUCAGUCAUAUGCUUGCAGAAAUUAAAGCAAUCUUUCCUGCUGGACAAUUUCAAGGUGAUACCUUCCGAAUCACAAAAGCUGAUGCUGCAGAGUUCUGGAGAAAAUUCUUUGGUGACAAGACAAUUGUGCCAUGGAAAGUAUUUAGACAGUGCCUUCACGAAGUCCACCCAAUCAGCUCUGGUCUAGAAGCAAUGGCUCUUAAAUCUACUAUCGACCUGACCUGUAAUGAUUAUAUUUCCAUAUUUGAGUUUGAUAUCUUCACAAGACUUUUCCAGCCUUGGAGCUCAAUAUUAAGGAACUGGAAUUUUCUGGCAGUGACUCAUCCUGGCUACAUGGCAUUUUUAACAUACGAUGAAGUGAAGGCUCGGCUCCAAAAAUAUAUUUCUAAGCCUGGAAGCUACAUCUUUCGAUUGAGUUGCACUCGUUUGGGGCAAUGGGCCAUUGGUUAUGUCACCAGCGAUGGAAAUAUACUUCAAACAAUUCCACACAACAAACCUCUUUUUCAGGCCUUAAUUGAUGGCUGCAGAGAAGGAUUUUAUCUUUACCCAGAUGGCAGAGCUUAUAACCCCGAUUUAACAGGUUUAUGUGAACCUACACCACAUGAUCACAUAAAAGUUACGCAGGAGCAGUAUGAACUAUACUGUGAGAUGGGUUCCACAUUUCAGUUGUGUAAAAUAUGUGCAGAGAAUGAUAAAGAUGUGAAGAUUGAGCCUUGUGGACACCUGAUGUGCACCUCCUGUUUAACUGCUUGGCAGGAAUCUGAAGGGCAAGGAUGUCCAUUUUGCCGAUGUGAAAUCAAGGGGACAGAACCAAUUAUUGUGGACCCUUUUGAUCCACGUGAUGAAGGUGCUAAGAGCAAUUUUAUUGAGAAUUUCAGUUCCCAAAUGCUGGAUGUAGAAGAUGAUGAUGACAAAGAAGAAUUACUUGUUAUGAAUAGACUUGCUUCUGUCAGAAAAUACGCUGAAAGUCAGAAUUCCCCAGUGACAUCACCGAAUUCUUCACCUUUAACACAAAGGCGGAAGCCCCUUCCUGAUCCUUUGCAGAUACAACACCUUAAUCUUCCCCCUGUCCCUCCUCGGUUGGAUUUGAUACAGAAAGGAGUGAUCCGCUCUCCAUGUGGCAGCCCAACAGGGUCACCUAAAUCUUCUCCGUGUAUGGUAAGAAAACAAGAUAAGCCCCUCCCAGCUCCUCCGCCCCCACAGAGAGACCCACCUCCACCUCCACCCCCAGAGAGGCCUCCACCAAUUCCGCCAGAUUCACGGCCCUUACGUCAUCCUCACAGCACUCCAAGUUUGCCCUCGAGAGAACUCCACAUGCCCGCUGAGGCGUGGUGCCCACGUGAGAAUGUGGGUCCUGGCCUUCACACAGACUGUCGGCCUCCUGCAGACCGUUCUCCAAAACUGGGCCUCACUGCACCCACACAACUUAAUGGGAGACAUACCUGCUUAACAACAGAUUCAGGAUUUGGGCGACAGAAGCCUCGAAUUGACUUUCCCCCUGAUGGUUCAAAGUCCUUCUCCAAUGGACACUUGAGUACUGAAGAGUAUGACGUCCCUCCACUCCGGCAUUCCCCACCUCUGCCUGCCACCUCAUUAUACAUUGCCAGCCAAAAGUACACACCUCCACAUUCAAAUUGGGGUCCAGAUAAGCCCAGAGGGUUGGUCGACAGCGAAGAUGAAUACCAGGUGCCCUCAUCUCACCCAGUUGCUCUUAAUACCCAACCACCUCUUUGCUUGGCCAUUCAUCUCCAGAACAGAGUGUCUGAAAAUGGACAGGGUCUUAAUGGAACGUCUGACCAAACGUUGGAAGUGGCAAAGCGGAAAUCUCCAGAGAUUGGUGAUCUUAUGGAGUUGCCCAGCGUUUCCUUCAUAUCUGGACUGCCACCUCGGACAGUAUUAAGAGACAAGAAAACUAGUAGCAACUGUCUCAACAGGACUCCUUCAGACUACGAUAUCUUGGUUCCCUCCCCAGGAGAUGAUCUCUUCGAUGGCCCUCCUCCUUCAUUGCCUCCUCCACCUCCACCUGCCAGACAUAGUCUUACUGAAUAUUCAACCUCUAAAGGCAUCGAUUCCAGUGGUAAACCCAUCUUGAACAUUGACUCCUUUGUCACCUCAUCAGAAAACUUUGCUGAUAUAUUUGGCGGACACCUUCCAAUGCCACCUGCUCGACGGCUAACAGGCGACAAUAUGAAGCCUCCUCAUCAAAUAACUCAAGAGUACGAUCGGCUCCCACCCACUAUAGCUCAUGUUGAGGGUCCACAAGUUCCAGCGAGACCUCCUAAACCACUGCCACGUAGGACUGCUCCAGAACCACAUCACAGAAAGGCCUACAGCCAUGAGCCAAUGGUGGAGAAUGUAGACGCCAAAAUUGCAAAACUGAUGGGUGAGGGCUACUCAUUUGAAGAUGUGAAAAGGGCUCUUAUGAUUGCUCAGAACAAGGUGGACGUGGCACGAAACAUUCUGAAAGAGUUUGCAGUUUUCCCAUAGUCCGUUGUAAGGUGAACCCAACUGGCGUCGCAGUACAAAAAUGGGGUCUGUCCCUGGGAUGCAUAGACUUGGAGCCCUUCAAGAGAUGGAAGGACACCAAUGAUGAAGGAACCUGGAGGCGGCAGAACAUCUUCACAUUCAAUUUGAGGAGUGCAGAGUCAAAAACAAACAGAAAUAAUCAGGGGUCAGCUGAAGAAAAGCAAAAAAAAAAACAAAAAGGUUUACAUCUUAAACAUUAAUUUAAGCCUGUGAAGAACUUGUUUACAGUCCAUGGCAGAGGAUGGUCAACGUUGUUUUCUUUUUUUUUUUUUUACGGAUUAAAGCUUUUUUCAGUCACUUAUGAUUACUUUUGGCUUUUGUGUCCAUGUCUGGAGUUUCCUGUACUGUGUCAGUACUGCUAUUUUUUAUUUGAAAAUCUUAAUCCUCACAAGCUUUUUUAGCUGGUGAGCAUGAUGAUGAGCUGCAUUGGCUUUGUACGCUUCUGCUGGCAGGGCACAGUGGGAUAUACGAGUGUUAAAAAAAAUAUAUAUAGACAAAAAUCACAAUGGACCUCUCCGGUUCCUUAAUGCUUUAACGAACAAAGUGAAUCAAUGAGAAAUUGACGCAAAUACAAACAAAAAAGCAUGUGGCCUUCACUACUGAGUCUUUUAUCGUAAGAUUUUUUAAACAACAAAACAACUUCUGAAUGUAGAGUGCAUUAUUUGUCUUUUUUAUGUUAUAUAUAAUAUCAAAGUGACUUAAAAAGUGCUUAUUUUUUUGUCUUACAUAUUUUGUGCUUUACAGAACAAAUACUUUUGUGUUUGAGCAGCACUUCCAACGUCAGUUUGGUUGCUGUUUAAGUAGGCAGUCAGGAAGGAUCCGAAAAACUGUCCUGAUGGAGCUUCAGCGGGCACAAGUAUUAAUUUAUAGACUUUCUACUCCAGCUUUUUUGUCUCUUUUUUUAUCUUCUGUAUAGUAACUAAGCUGAUCCUGCCAUCCUAUCAAAAUUUUCUUUUUUAUCUGAAGGGCUGGAAUAAAUUCUCUAAUAUCCCAUUCAUGUUACUUGACUCUUUCCAUUUUCUGCUCCAGAAGUAUCAUCUACUUCUCCCUUGCCAAAGAUUAGAGAUGGUCAUACAAAAAAAGCAAGAGAUGGCAGUGGUCCAUUUGAGAACGUUGAAGGGACCACGCGAAAUCAACAUUAAAAGGAACAUAUCAAAAGGAGCCUGCUGUUGAACAAAAAAAUUACAUAUAAACGCUCACACAUACAGUACCAGCACCAACUUCAAGUGCCAAAAUGAGGAGACGCUCUUUGUGUGUAUGCUCAAGUGUGUGUGUGUGAAUUUUUUCUAAAGUCGGAACGUAUUUUAUUUUAUCAAAUUUUUUGCCUUGUACAGGGAGAGAAAUCGCAACAUUCAGCCACAUUUGAUAUACCCCAUAUAUCACAUUGUAAAUCAUAUUUAUUUUGUAUGUAGUUUUUAUGUGAAUACAGAACUUCACAGCUGUGGUACCUGUGGAUAUUGUAUCUUCAUGUCAGAUGUUAAUAAACAAGUACAUUUUUAACCUCAUUGACAGAAACUGACAUGAAUGGUUGCAAACUUUUUUUUCCCAGUCCAGUUGGAUUUAGCAAUUGGUGCUCAUUCAAGGCCGAGCUGCAGUCACUAACCCUCCCUUCUGUUUGUCACAAUGUGAAAGUUAGCAGUUUUUGUUGCUUUGUAUAUUUUUUAUUUUCUGUUCAGGUUUACUGUUCUUAACUUGAAGCUUUAUUUUGCACUGGUUAUCUAGUCUAUUGUAUUAAACUUGAAAGUCUCAAACUGAUGCUACGUCAGCCAUUGUCCAUGCCAAAAUGCUCCUGAGAAGCGAUUUCUGAUUUGCAUUGCAGAAUUUUCUUAAUAGAUCUUCAUAUUGUAUCAAGAAAUGCCUUUUCUUGUUUAACAUGGAAAGCGUAGUGAUGUGUGCAAUUAAUUUAUAUUUUAUUAAAGCAUUCUCUGGGUUCCAGUGUUCUGUUAUUCAGUAACUUGUAAUCUGUUCUUGUACAAUGUUUUAUAAAGACCAGUAUUAACAAA